UCUGGGUAAACAAGUGGACGGCGGGUCGUGGGACGUCGCUGGGGAAUUUGGGGUUUUCAGCCUUUAUUCGUGUGAUAUUUUCCGUGGGUUCUUGUGAGGAAUAACGACGAGAGGUAGGAUAGAUUGUCGUGAUGCAUAUCGCAAUUGAAGGAUGCUCCCAUGGAGAGCUGGACACCAUUUACAACUCUGUGUCACGACUGGAGCAGAUUCAUGGUUUCAAAGUGGACCUCCUCCUCUGCUGUGGAGAUUUUCAAUCUGUGCGCAACGAGCAGGAUCUGAAGUGCAUGGCCUGUCCAGUCAAAUACAUGGAUAUGCGUGAUUUCUACAAAUAUUAUUCAGGUGAGAAGAAGGCCCCUGUGUUGACCAUAUUCAUCGGGGGCAACCAUGAGGCCUCUAACUACCUUCAGGAAUUCCCCUAUGGUGGGUGGGUUGCCCCUAACAUUUACUACCUGGGAUAUGCAGGUGUGGUCAGAUUCGGAGGGCUGCGAAUUGGGGGCCUUUCAGGGAUUUAUAAGGGCCCAGACUACCUCAAAGGGCACUAUGAGAAGCCACCUUAUACUGGGGAGUCAGUCCGAAGUGUUUAUCAUGUGCGAAACCUUGAGGUCUUUCGGCUAAAGCAGCUUUCAGGUGAGAGCGAUAUUUUCAUGUCCCAUGACUGGCCACGUGGUAUCUAUCAUCACGGGGACAAAGAAAAAUUACUCAAGUGGAAACAGCAUUUCCGUUCUGAAAUAAAGAAUAAUACACUGGGAUCAAGACCUGCGGAAGAACUCUUAAAGAAGAUAAGGCCAAAGUACUGGUUUUCCGGUCAUCUUCAUGUCAAGUUCCCUGCUGUAUUGCGACAUAAGGACGAAAAUACCCACAAAGAGAAGGUGACAAAAUUCUUGGCGUUGGACAAGUGCCUGCCUCGGCGUGACUUCCUACAAGUGAUAGAAGUGCAGAAUGCGGGACCUCUAGAGUUGAGCUAUGAUGCAGAAUGGCUGACUAUUCUACGACUUACCAACCACCUUCUCUCUGUUGGUACACGGACUGUCUACAUGCCUGGGCCGGGAGGGUCCGAGAGAUACCAGUUCACACCUACAAAGGAAGAGAUUGAUGACACUAUCCAGAUGAUGGGAUGCAACCUGAGGGUUCCUCUAGACUUUGUUCCAACAGCACAGUCUUAUGAAAGUAGCCAAGGCAAGCCCAAGAUGGAGCAGGUGAAUAUGCCCCAGCCGCUACUCAACCCACAGACGAUAGCUUUUUGUGAUAAGCUUGGAUUGGAUGAUCCUUUGGCCAUCUUACUUGGAGCCAAGAGAAAAGCUCAGUCAUCACCAAAGUUGUCACCCCCCAGCAGAAGUCUCAAUGACUCGGAGCUUAAUAUUACGCUGGACUCCUCCAAGAUUUCAAACAAUCCAGAUGAGGUUGAG